CGCACACGCUGGUGGCGUAUUUCGGGGAAUAUGGCGGGGACACUGUCUACGUUUAGUGCGCGCGUGAACGACUUCCUUCAAGAGGACAAUGUCUUUACACGAACCCUAACUACCGUUGAAAACAAGACGAAGGUGUCAAAAAAGAUUCAACUCUACAUUUUGAUCGCUCUGGCUGGAAUUUAUCUGCUGGUCGGCUAUGCGGCAGCUUUGCUGUGUAACUUCAUCGGCGUCGUGUAUCCGGCUUAUUCCUCAUGUAAGGCCCUGGAAUCUGAAGACAAGGAUGACGAUGUCCAGUGGCUGACAUAUUGGGUUGUUUUUGCUGUUUUCACAUUUGUUGAGUUUUUCUCUGAUAUUGUUCUCUCGUGGUUGCCAUUUUACUUUCUGCUCAAAUGUGCAUUUCUCAUCUGGUGCAUGCUUCCCAUCUCUUCCAAUGGUGCUACAACCAUCUAUAAUCGGAUCAUUCGUCCGUAUUUCCUCAAGUAUGAGAAGAAACUGGACGACGCUGUUGACAAGGCUGGAAAACUGGCAACCGAUGUUUCAAGCAAGGCAAAGGAUGCAGCGGGAAACGCUAUGAGUGGCUUGGCCGCUGAGGCUGUCAAGCAGUCCUUGGCAUCAUCGACUGACAGCAAGCCUGACAAGCAGGAUUAGUUCAUUGACUGUAUUAUGUACUUGUGAUGGACGAUCAAAAUGUAGUGUUCUUGCAACCAGACCUUGCGUCAAUACAGUCACAAUAAUUAGCUAUGACA